ACGCGGGUGUCCACCAAAAUGUUUUUACUCUCGCAAUUUCCUUUCCUCUAGUUUUAUAAUGCAUAUUACCACAGCAAACAUGUUUUUAAAUGCAUAACAAUAGACUGCAGGGAGUUUCACAAAUUAAUAACUAGUUUGUAUGUAUUAUUGAAAUAGUAGCGCAAGUGUCUGUUCUGAGAGCUCUUUCGGUCUGUGGCACUGGAAGUACGACAGUGUUUUAGUUUCCCAUCUCGACCGCAGGAGCUGUUGGCAGCUAACCUCCCGACCAGCCAGCAAGAAGCGGUCUGAUACGACAGACAUCUACACUGGCUCUAAUUAGAAACCGACUCCAUGGUACACACGACCUCCAACAUGGACGCUAAAUGUCUAAAUAUGACCUAAGCAGGAUGAUAUCCAAAGUGAGCAAUCGGACCUGCCAGCAAGGAUUACAAGAAGUUGGCAGACAGGCGGCAUGACGGAGGAGAAAUGCCCCCAGCUAGUGGACUACUUUGUGGUGGCAGGGCUGGCUCCAGGGGGCUCGGCCCCACUGGACGAAGAGGGCCAGCAGAGAGGGGGCCGGGUGGUGGAGCCGGUCAUCGACCUGGCGGUGAUCGCCCGGGGCUUGGGGGAGGAGGUGCCCGAGGGCUUCACCUGCAUCGAGAAGACCCAGGGGGGCCACCCGGCCGGGCUAAGUGCCGGACUCAUCAACAACCCCCACAUGUACCUGUGUUACCGCCGUGGGCAUGACAAGCCACCCAUCCUCGACCUCGGGGUGCUGUACGAGGGCAAAGAGGUGGUGAAGCAGGGCUGGAAUGUGAUCGAGACCACCCCCUACAGCCGCUCAGCCAGCCUGAGCUCCGGGGGGCCUGCCACCCACCGCACCUUCCUGACCUACCGCCGGGCCCCAGAGUCCCAGGCCCUCCACACCCUAGGGGUCACAGACAUCUCCCUCCUGCUGCCCAGCAAGGGGGAGGUGGCCCCCCACACCUUCUGCCGGGUGGAGAAGAACCUCAACACUGGCAUAUGGGGUCCAGCCUUAUACCUGUGCUACAAGAGAGCUGUAGCCAAAGCCAAUGCCCUAGUCUAUGAAGCAGGUCUGAUCAGUCGGUAUCCUGAAGCGGACGUGGAGUCCUUCCCCCUGCCAGAGUCUGUGCCUAUGUUCUGUCUGCCCAUGGGUGUGACGGUGGAGAGCUGGCCCCUCAACACCAAGUACCAGCUCCCUGUCUUCUCUACCUUCGUCCUCACCAGCGCCUGUGGCGACAAGGUUUACGGUGCUGCCAUCCAGUUCUAUGAGGCGUUCCCACGGGAGAGCCUCUCGGAGCGGCAGAGCGUCCGUCUGGGCCUGGUGAGCGUGGUGGACCGGCGGCCUAUCACCAACCGCACCCUGCAAGUGAAGAAGAGCGUGUGUGUUCUCUCCCACUGGCCCUUCUUCACCGUCUUCCAGAAGUUCCUCACCUUCGUCUACCGAUACUCCAUCUCUGGACCCCACGUGCUGCCCCUCGAGAAGCACAUCUCCAGCUUCAUGCACAACGUCCCGUUCCCCUCCCCUCAGCGACCUCGCAUCCUAGUGCAGCUCUCCCCCUAUGACAACCUUCUCCUCUGUCAGCCUGUCUCCUCCCCCUUACUACUCAGUGGUGCCAGCUUUGUGAAGCUGCUGCAGAACCUGGGCCCUGAGAACGCCUGUGUCCUGCUGCUGGCUGUGCUGACGGAGCACAAACUACUGCUACACUCCCUCCGCCCCGACGUCCUCACCUCCGUCAGCGAGGCCCUGGUAUCUAUGACGUUCCCUCUGCGUUGGCACUGCCCGUACAUCCCCCUGUGCCCGCUGCGGCUGGCAGACGUACUGUGUGCCCCCAUGCCCUUCAUUGUGGGCGUCCACUCCAGCUACUUUGACCUCUAUGACCCCCCUACUGACGUGGUGUGUGUUGACCUGGACACCAACACCAUCUUUCAAGCAGAGGACAAGAAGCCGUUGUCAUGGCGAUCACUACCAAGGAAGCAAGGCAAGAUGCUGGUGAAUACCCUCACCAACUUGAUGAAGACACUGGAGAAAAUCUACACCAGUGGCCAAGAGGAGGCCACCCUGGAGUUCCUGCUGACGGACUAUGACCUGAUCUACGGGCGUCAGAAGCAGCUGGAGCUGGAGAUCCAGGAGGCAUUCCUGCGUUUCAUGAGCUGCCUGCUCAGGGGCUACCGCGCCUACCUGCUGCCCAUCACCCAGGCCCCUUCAGACAGGACUACCGACUGCAGCUCCCUCUUCAACCUGCAGGGCUUCCUGAAGUCUCGUGAACGCACCCACCAGAAGUUCUACACCCAGCUGACCAGGACCCAGAUGUUCACUCAGUUUAUCGAGGAGUGCUCCUUCGUCAGUGAUCGCCAUGCCUGUCUGGAGUUCUUCGACGAGUGUGUCCAGAAGCAGUCGGAUGUGGAGAAGCCUGAGGAGGUGCGUCUGAUAGACCUGGAUGAGGCCCACAGUGGGGAGCACACGGUCUUCAUCAUGCCCCCAGAGGAACCCCAGGAGCCAGACGGUUCAGAGUGCCCCACUCACUACAGCUAUGAGACGUUCCCUGUGCUCUGCAUGGAUCUUUUUGACCGGCCUCAGGACCAGCUACGUGUCCCUACGAAGGGGAGUGCCCCCAGCAGCCCUGCCCCGCGACGGACUAAACAGGAGAUUAAGCUGGCACAGAAGCGGGCACAGAUAUACUCGGCAGUGCCCGACAUGUGGUCCAAAUGCCUGCUGGGCCACUGCUAUGGGCUGUGGUUCAUAUAUCUGCCCACCUUUGUGCGGGCGGAGAGUGCCAAGGUGCGUGCCUUGCAAACGGCAUACGAGGUGCUCAAGCACAUGGAGACCAGGAAGGUGGUACUACCAGAUGAGGUGUGUUACAGGAUCCUGAUGCAGCUGUGUGGGCAGUACGGGCAGCCUGUGCUCGCUGUUAGGGUACUUCUGGAGAUGAAGAAAGCUGGGAUCACACCCAACACCAUCACCUAUGCAUACUACAACAAGGCAGUGCUGGAGAGCAAGUGGCCCUCCACCAAUCAGGGUGGCCGUCUGCGCUGGGCCAAGUUGCGUAACGUUCUGAUGGCCGUGGCGCAGUUCAGACAGCCAAUCAAACAACGGCUGAAGAGUGGUUCAGUACGCUCGCGGACAGAUACAAUGGACAGUAACCAACGGUCCCGCCCACAAUCUAACCUGAUUCGUCAGUCCAGCUGGAGCGGCCUGAGUGAAAGCUCCAGCCACGAAUCGCUGACUGGGUCUAUGGUGAAGAGCAACAGCCUGAACAGCAUGAGAGGCUCAACAGACAAGUCUAAGCUCUCAAUGAAGGCGGUGCUCCGGAACCCAGGUGCCAAUGGCUGCAGCAAUCCUGCCUCCCGUAAGCCCCCCGUGGGGCCACGAGACACCACCACCCCUUCUCCCUGUCCCCCUGGUGGUGUCCUGGUGCGCCGCGACCAGGUGUGCCUGUCCACCUUCUACAAAGACUGUGCCGAGACGGCCGUCUCUGACCCCGACUGCAGCUGCCAGCCUGAGGACAGAGACGGCAGGCCACCUGGGCCUAGAGACACUGUGAGCCGCAAGGCCGUGGACGAGAACUACAAUAAUGUGUCACCGCCGAGUCGGGGAAGCCUGGCAGGGAAACUACAGCAGCUGCUCACACCUACUCGCCAUCGAGUCUCGGGGCGGCGGGCCACAAGUGUAGACGCUCGGCGCUCGGGGGGUGAAAACGGGCCGGUGCGCAGGGUGUCGGAACAGAGGCUGUCCCGAAAAGCCCAGGUGGCUGAGAGCCUGCUGAAGGCUAAGGAGAGGCUCUACACUGCUACCUCUGAGAGUUCUCUGUCGGUGGGGAGUGACGUCGACCUCCCUGAAACCACCAAUUUGGCCUUUCCUCUCCGCAAGUCCUGGGACACCAAUCAAGAGGGAGCGGGACUAGAGGUGUUGAUGUCGAGCUGCUCCCUGUGUCGGAGCUGUAACUCCCUGGUCUAUGAUGAGGAGAUAAUGGCCGGGUGGACGUCUGACGACUCCAACCUCAACUCCAGCUGUCCCUUCUGCUCGACCACCUUCGUCCCCCUUCUCAACGCUGAGAUCUGUGACCUAGGACCCAUCAGCAGCCUGGAACGUACCAAUUGGAAUAUGGACGAGGAGGUGGAAAGCGCAGCCAAGUCCCCUGGUGACCAGGAGACCAUCCUGGGUCACAACGGUGUGAGUGAGGACUCCAGCUCUGAGACCAGCAGUUAUUCUGAGAGCAGUAGCGCUACCAUGGGAUCAUCGGUGGGCGGGUCGCCCCAGGUGACGGUGGCCUACCUGAGCCCAUUGGUGCUGCGCAAGGAGCUUGAGAGCCUGCUGGAGAACGAGGGUGAGGCGGUGCUGUCGCAGGGCCAGCUCCUGGACAGCCACUCCAUCAUCUUCUGGAACAUGGUUUGGUACUUCCAUCGCCUGGGCCUGCCCAGCAAUCUGCUACAGCUGGUUCGCUCCUCACCGCUGGCCAACCAACUAGCACAGACUUCAGAGAACUCAGCAGUGAGGGUGAGGCUGCUGUGGGACACACUGACCCCUGACACAGACUACUGGCCCCCCCUCUACAUCCUGUGGAGGAUACACAGUGGCGUACCCAUGCGGAACCACAGCUGGCGGAGGCACAACCACCCCUUCACCCUGGCCUUCCUGGAGGAAGUGCUGCGCUGGGUCGGCAUGAACGAGGUACACAAGGGAAUCACUCUCUUCCUGGAAACCAUUGCCAAGCAACCAGGCACGCCCAAGAUACAAAGGAGUCUCUACAGAGAGAUGCUCUUCCUCACGCUGGCUGCCAUGGGUAGAGAUCACGUUGCUGCGUUUGAUAAGAAAUACAAGGCUGCGUACCAACGGCUGAGUGGCUCCUUGGGCCGCGAGGAGCUCCGCAGGAAGCGAGCCCAGCCACCUAGCCCCAAGGCUGUGGACUGCAGACGGAGCUUCCUUCUGCCCCUCGAGUGCUAAUACCACCUGCAGGCUCCACCCACUCCAAUCCAGAUCCGCCCCCAUCGCUGCUGCCUCCGCUCCCUAGAACACUGAUACCCAGCUGCCAAGAAGAAGGGAUUGGAGAAGUUAGACCGAAAACAACAGACAGAAAAUUCUGCCUUCACUUUGGACUUCUCCGCUGUGCUGCCACCUAGCACAGCUUGGCCACACUAUAAAAGCCCCCUGACUGUGUAACCACACCUCACUAUCCUUGUUUAUGUGAACCCGAUAUCUACAUUUGACCUUCAUUAAUUUCCAUUGUGUAACUGGCCUUUGGACAGCUUCCUCAAUAACUAAACACAACCCUCUCGUCCUAUAGUUUGGCUACAGGGAUUAUUGGACCUGGUACAUGCAGCCCAGCCCCCUUGGACUUUGCUCAUUGCUCAUAUAUACAUGGCCUCUGCCUCACCAAUAUAACUCAUACUGGUUUGUAGGUCAUAAAUCAUGCAUUUAAUUCGUAUGCAACAUGUAAGGCAUAUUACCGACCUGCGAUCUAUGCAUUCAAUGUGAAUAUAUUCUAUAAUUUGCAUUGCUUUCAGACAGAAAAUCUAAUCAGUGGGAGAUGUCUAGUGAUCCUUGAUGUGAUGGGAAGUGUCUAUCAUCGAACUGUAACAUACAUUACAUUGCAAGGGUACAUACCAAUCACUCACCGUCACAGUCAAAACCUUUAGAUUAGAUUGCAUUUCAUGCCUCUCUUGCUCUUUUUCACCCUCUGGAAUGAAUUCUGUCAACUGGACAUUGGUGGUAAAGUCUAUCACUUUGGGAUGAAACUGCUUCAGCAAGCCAAUCCAAACGAGGAUGUUUACUCUGGGAGAGGAUGAUAUUGAAUAUCGACUUCGGGUGAGGAUAUCUUCGGGAGGAUUAUGUCAACUCAGGUGUCGAAUCUGGGAGAGAAUUAUGUCAACUAAGAAAGGAUGAUGUUGACUGGGAAAGGAUGAUGUCAAAUCUGGGAGAUGAUGUCAACUCUGGUAAAGGAGGAUGUUGACUGGGAAAGGAUGAUGUUUCCUAUUGAUUUUGGGAGAGUAUGAUGUUAACUAUCGGUUUUGGGAGCAGAUGGUGAGCUGUGGGGAUCAGCAAUGUAAUGGUUUGAUCACUAUCACUAUGGUUUCCUUAGUGUGUGUGUUUUCCAGCUCAUGGUGUGGAAUGGGGCUAUGGUCAAACUUUGGGUAUGGCAGGAAAUAGCCUAUGCAGAGUUGCCAGAAAUGCUAACAUCCGGUUUUCAAGGAUACAGUAUUUUCAACCUGACGGAAGUGGGAACUCUGCUCAGGCGUCUUUCUAUGCCUGCAACAUUAGGUUAGGCAGGAAGUGGAGGGGGGUGUGACUGGGAACAGACACUGACAGUCAAGGAGAAUCCACGAGUCCUAUAAAAAAAACAGUCCUGCACCCCUACAUCACAACCAGGAAGGACUUUUCAUGGACACACAUACAUAUUGCAUACAGGAUUUAUCAGUUGUAUUGUGUUUUUUAAUUCCCUGUACUGUUCUUGUGAAUUUGAAGUGUGAUUGGGGGUUCUCAGUUCAAGAACUGAUUCUCAGUGAUUGAGGCAUUUGUUGCAGAAAGUGGCUGACAGAAGAAUAAAAGAAAAACGUGUAGAAGGGGGGUUGAUUAUGGUAUGUAUGAUGUGUUUUCUCAUGUUUUACGCGUAUUUACCUCAUCUCAUACCUCUUUUUCCGUGUUAAACGGGAGUGAUUUGUCUGGGAGGAUGGUCCACAAGGAAAUGACUGUGAUGGACCUUUAGUAGUAGUAGACUGUGAUGGAACUUGAGUCACACAUCACCAGUUUUUCAUUCACCACACAUUGAGGCCAGUAGUGGGUUAAGAAUCUUUGGCAGAGAUCAAAGUUCAGAAGAUCCAGUUGAGUGGAAGGGUUUAAGGAGAGGAAGGUACUUCACUGUGGAGCACAUACUUACCUACUAGGUUCUUGUUUUCAUGUACAGUACCUGUGAGGCCUUUUCCCCUCUUAGUUUAACACUUUAUUUGUUGUUCGACUUUGUAUAUGAAAACAAAUUAAUUGCACAAUGGACUUUUCAUUUUCUUUCAAUUUCAUAUGAUGUUGCCACACUGUUAAAUGCCUCUGUUACCGUCAUACCUUGUUUUUGAUCUUGCAGUGUUAUAUAGCAGAGUCACGAGAGAACGCCUUGUGUUCUGCCUUUGAAGAUUGUGUGAGUGACAGAAAUUAUUGUCCCACCUGGGAAGUAAAGCUGUAUUUACAACUAGGGAUGUGAAGUUGUAGCGAGAACAAUUUUCAGAUCUCAUAUUUUAGUCCUGAGGGUGAGAUAUAUUUCAGAUGGCACUGAUAUCAUUGUGAGUCUACCCAUAUAUCAUUAAAGUACAAGGGAGACAUUGUUUGCACACAGCCAUCCAGUCAACAGGGAUAUACAGACUGGAGCAAAGCAUUGAGCAUUCUCAGCCAGUAGAGGGCAGUAGGGCAUACAGAGUCCAGUUCUAGCCAUUGGUAGGGUGAAUUGGGCUUGAUCAUGCUAAGGCAACCCUGGUCUUGGAAUUGACACGUCUUUAGUAAUAACAUGGUGGGAACCUGUUUAUUCAAAUUGCCUAUCAGUGGUCAUGACGUAAAGGAGACCCAAGAGGGAAUGCUGUUUAAAAGUUAAGACUUGAGUUAUCGUCAGCGUCUCUAAUUACACCCUAUUUGGCUCUUGGUCAAAAGUAGUGAACCGUAUGGAUAGUAGGUUGAUAAAAUUGUGUAUAUUUUGAGAUUUCCCAGCCUGACGUUAGAUUGUAAAAAUAAGGUUGGUAGAUUUGUUCCCCAACGUAGGCAAUAUUACAUUUAUGGCCACUAUUUCAAUGCACCGGACUGCAAGUGAAUACAAGGGACAUUUAUAUUGUCUGUUCCUUUAUUGGUCAAGUGAGCAAAGAAAUGAAGAGAGGAUAUCUGUAUUUAAAAUAUAUUGUGUUUGCUGUUGUAAUUUAUAUGGAUGUGACUUCAGUUGUAAAUGUCUUGUUUUAUAGAAGGAAAAUACAAACAGAUUCCCCAAA